ACCCGGAACAACAACAGUUUACAAAGCGACCUCAUAUAUGUGUAUCCAUCUCACUGUAAGAAGUCAGUGUGUGUUUGUCAGUAGUCUGUGUUAUAAUAAUAGUUACAUCCUAGACAGACGUAGAUAGAACCAGUGUUUCUCUAUGGCUUCACGUCUGAGAGCUGACAUGGCUGACAAUCAACCUCUGAUUCUGGAUGGAGGACUAGCGACUGAACUGGAGGCACAAGGAAUACAUUUACAGGGAGAUCCUUUGUGGAGUGCCAGACUGUUGCAGACUAAUCCCCAGGCCAUAAGAGAGGCUCAUUACAGUUUCCUGCGCAGUGGAGCUGAUGUUAUCACCACAGCCACAUACCAGGCAAGUAUCCCAGGGUUCAUCACUCACAUGGACGUGAGCUCUGAAUGUGCCAGAGAGCUGUUGAUGUCUGGUGUUCACCUGGCCAAAGAGUCCGUGAAGAGAUUUGUCUCUGAGAGCCGUGCAACAGAGCAAAAAUGUCCCCUUGUGGCCGGCUCUGUUGGACCAUACGGGGCUUUUCUGCACAAUGGUUCAGAGUACACUGGGGAAUAUGCAGAGAAGAUGAGGAUUGAGGAACUUAAAGAAUGGCAUCGGCCACAGAUUGGUUGCCUAGCAGCAGCAGGAGCUGACCUCAUUGCUUUUGAGACAAUCCCAAGUAUCAAAGAGGCAGAGGCUCUGGUGGAGCUGCUCAGAGAGUUUCCCAACACCAAAGCGUGGCUCUCCUUAUCCUGUAAGGAUGGGAGGUGUAUAUCAGACGGCAGCCCGUUCACAGAUGCAGUGAAGAUUGCUAACAGAUCCCUACAACUAGUCGCUGUAGGAGUCAACUGCUGCUCUCCAGCACUGGUGGAGCAGCUGCUGGACUCUGCAGGCUCCCUGCUGAGCCCAGAUAUGAGCUGGGUGGUGUACCCCAACAGUGGAGAGGAGUGGGACACAGAGCAGGGGCUCCUUCAAAUGCAGCUGAGAAAUGAAUCCUUCCAUCCACGAGAAACAAAGGAUCCUUCACGGCCAAACCUAUCCCAGGAUUCAUUGGGCUUCAGUGACCAACCAUUUUCAAAGAGGUGGAUGACUCCAGGAAAAGCAUCAGCAUCAAUUCUUGAACUCAGUCAUACAUGGUUGAAGCAAGGUGCCUUCUUGAUAGGAGGCUGCUGCCGUAUUGGUCCUGCUCACAUUAAAGAGUUACGACAACAUUUAAAAGGAAGUUGUACCUCUGCAGCCUCUGCAGAGCGACUGGACUGAAACUGUAACAGUGAUUGUGACAAAGGCAAAGAAGUCUGUUCUGGGAGUUUGUAAAAAUCUUCAUUUAUUGUAAAAUAAAUUAAAUAUACCACUACAUCAAAACCAUUUGGGUACACGAUGACAUCUGUAUUGGGACAAAGACAAAGACCUUCUUGGUAAAAGUGUAAGAAUAAAUUAAAUGUGUACAUAAACAGAAAAAAUAAAACCAUGUAGUCGUUCACAUUUUGUUUCAAGGUGCGUGAAGGAUUCCACCAUCACUUCUGUACAGAAUCCCGUCUUUUAAAAACUGGAAGGGUCUAUGCAACCAUCGCAAUGAAGGUUUCACUAAGCACAACAGCUGCUUUAACAACAUGUGGGACUCGACGGAAUAUCCACUGAACUAACCACUGUACGUCAGGCACAAAACAAGCCCACUCACUGUACCUCUACUAUGGAAUAUGAAGGGAUGAUCUUUGAUCUGAAUUCACAGCAAAAUAUGUCAUUAUCAUGUUUCCUAAGACAGCAAGAGCUGAAUAUAAUGUACUCUAAUACAGUAUCAAAGCAGGGAGGUAAAGACGAUGUGACUGAAACAUAACUUAACACAAAGAAAUGGGUUUGAUCAAAUGAAAAUAAUCUUGUAGUGUUACUGUCACAUGGGAAUGUAAAUACACAGGUGGAAAAAAUAAAAGAAACACCUUCCAGUGCUGUACCCCCGUGAUACUCAUGCUUUAAGGAGUGUUGAUUCACCGAUCUUCAUUUUUAAGGGUUCAAUGUUUGGGUCAGGAGGUAUCUACUGUCUCUCUUUAACACUGAAGUAUUCUUCUGUUUGCAAUGCGUCACCAGAAUUUUAAAGAACGACUGCACUAUUUGAAACUGAUGCUCAAGCAAUCCAGACAGCAACCAUCUGUCCUCCAUGGGGCUGCAAAGUGUCGUCCGCCGCCUCGAAAGUCAGACAGUAAUAGCGCCAUCGAUUUAAUACGGCUCACGGGUGUAACUAAUUGUGUAACUGUGACUUGUAUAUGGUUGCUGGUGCAUCAGUCCCCAGUUUGCAGACCCUCACCAACACUAGCUUCCACAGAAUAUUUGAUUAAAUUCAAUGCAAACUAGGUUAAAGCCUCAAGCUGACAGCUGAGUUGAAUCUUAAUCUAAAGUUAAUACUAAAAGAAGAGAAGUCUGGUGUUAUUUUGUAUUCUUCUUGUUAAGAACAAAUCCCAACAUUUAUCCUCCGAACAAGAAAUGCUUGUGUGUCCAGAACUCAUGCCUUUCUACACAGAACUCUAUUAUUGCUCAGAUUUGGUAAACGUCAGUUCAUUAUAACGAAACAUAUAAAUCGUAGUUUAUUUUUCCAUAAUGCUGGGGGGAUACCAGCAAGAGCCUUGAUUGUAUUAAUCCACUGCUUAAAAAUAUUUUUCCCGUUCUUCUUCUACUUCUGUUUAAAUAUAGUUUGAUUAGAAACUACAAGGCCCAGCGGUGGUAGGACAUUACGUUUUGAAACCAUAUAUUAAGGGUGCAUUUUUAAACAUUAACAUCUUCAGUAUGAACUUAUGAGUUUUGAGUUCAGUGCCACACAGAACGUACAGACAGUUGGACUGAUAUUGUUUUUUGUUAUACAUAUAUUGACGAUAAAAUACAGAA